AUGGCCUCUGUCUCUAUUCCUGCGUGCACCCGUGCCCUGCUGCUGGAUAUCGAGGGGACAACCACUCCAAUCACAUUCGUGAAGGACAUCCUGUUUCCCUACAUCACGGAGCACCUGGAGGAUUACCUGUCCACUCACUGGGAGGAAGAUGAGUGCAAGCAAGACGUCCACCUGCUGAAGAAACAGAGCGAGGAGGACAUGAGGCAGAACCGGGCCUGUCCCGUGCACGCCGUGGACCAGACGGUGCACACGGACGAGGAGAAGGCCAUCCGGGAGGUGGUGGAGACGGUGCUGUGGCAGAUGGCGUCGGACAGGAAGUCCACGGCGCUCAAGCAGCUCCAGGGUCACAUGUGGAGGGCGGCCUAUUCUUCAGGGAGAAUCAAAGGCGAGAUCUAUCCAGACGUGGUCCCGUCCAUCAGGGCGUGGCGAGAGCGCGGCCUGAAAGUCUACAUCUACUCCUCGGGCAGCGUGGAGGCUCAGAAGCUGCUGUUCGGACACUCCGUGGAGGGAGACGUGUUAGAGUUAUUCGACGGCCACUUCGACACUACGAUAGGCGCCAAGGUGGACGCCAAAAGCUACGAGAGGAUCGCCGAGCGGAUCGGCUGCCGGCCGGAGGAGGUCACGUUCCUCACAGACGUCAGCAGAGAGGCCAAAGCGGCGGAGGAGGCGGGCCUCAGCGUUCUGGUGGUGGUCCGGCCCGGAAACAUGGAGCUGACGGAGGAGGAGAGCGCCCACUACAGCCUGCUGACCUCCUUCAGCCAGCUGCAGCCGGGGGGCCGGGCCUAG